GUUCAAAGGAUAUAUCGUCACUGUAAGCCAAAGGCAGUUUAAUGUAUUCUGUGUUCAGGUAUUUGCUUGACACUCUAUUUGAAACUUAUUUCCUGAGCUAUGGCAGUAUAAAAAGCUUUCCAGCAAUGUUUUGGGAAUAUCUGGACACGGCUCGACGACUUAGAAAUUCAGCGGGCUCUACGAGCGAGUGAGAGACAUGGACAACUCUGUCACCCUGUGGCAGUUCCUUCUCCAGCUCCUUUUGGAUUCCAGUAAUGAGCAGCUCAUCUGCUGGACCAAUGAGGAAGGGGAGUUCAAGCUGCUGCAGGCAGAGGAGGUGGCUCGGUUAUGGGGGGCUCGUAAGAACAAGCCCAAUAUGAACUAUGACAAACUCAGCAGGGCCCUCAGAUACUACUACGACAAGAACAUCAUAAAGAAGGUUAAUGGUCAGAAGUUUGUCUAUCGCUUUGUGUCGUAUCCUGACAUCCUGAAAGGAGAUGUUGCUACCCGAACAGAGGGCGGGGAUAUAGGUGCUGGGAGCAUUCCUCCCCUUACAAGAAGGGACAGCACCCUACAAGAGAGUGAGUCUGGUGACAGAGCCAAGAUAGGAGGUAGUACAGUGGCUCUGGGCUCAAGCACCAAGCAGUCAAGCCGCAACGACUACAUUCACUCUGGCCUGUACACCUCCUUCACACUCAACUCGCUGCAAAAUGGACGCCAGCUCUUCAAGUCCAUCAAAAUAGAGAACCCAGCAGAAAAGAUGGCUGACAAGAGGGGUCUCACUGCCACAGGCCAGAGCCAGGAAGCAUUGCCUCAGUCACAGCCAACUGCUUUGCCAUCCGUCAUCAAGUUUGGAAACACCCCUCCAAAGCCAGCACCAGCACCGCCUCCUCAGGUUGUCAUAGAGCCGACCCUGAUGUCCAGCCAUUUAGAUCCUCUGCAAGCUCUGCCCUCGAGGGGUGAGGACAUCAGCACACACUCCUCCCUUCCGCCCCAGUCCAUCUAUUCAUUUGAACACAUCCGCCCAUCAGAACAAACGUUCAGCUUACCGGACCUGACGUCGGCAAGCCCAUCGCCAAGCUUAGUGCCUGACUCCUCUCAGGAGCUGGUGAUUGACAGCGACAUUGACUCUGGGUCAUCUCAGCCUGCAGACGCUCAGCCACCAGAGCCCACAGACGCUCAGACACAGGAGAAGGUGGACAAUGGCAUCGGUCUGUCUGGAGAUGAGAUCAGUUUGGUGGACGCUGAAACCAGUUCAUCCUCAGUGAGCAGCUGCACCACAGUCAGCACUCAGAGCUCAGGAAAGACACGCAAGCCACCGAAAAUCCUGCAGAUCAGCCCGCCAACUCUGCUGGUCACCACCUCUGACUUCUCCCCCAUGAACCUGUGCAGCCCCUCACUACCUACUGCCUCUCUCACACCAGCAAUGCUACAGACUCCCACUCUGUUGCUGACUCCCAGUCCUCUGCUGUCCAACAUCCACUUCUGGAGCACGCUCAGUCCGGUCGCUCCACUCAGCCCAGCCACUCGCCGCCAGGGAGCCCAUCUGUUCCAAUUUCCGUCGGUCCUCACCCCCCAGUUCCAGAUCCCUGUACACAGUAUGGAUGGGACCAACACACCAGGCCCCAUUUCACCAGAUCCUCAAAAGACAUAGGAUUAAUCACCCCAUUUGGACCCAGACAGCCAGACCCCCACCCUUCCACCCCUCCACCUCCAUCUCCUGCUCCCACAUCCAGGACAGUAAUGUGGAAGCUCAGUCAUUCCCCUUUCCCAUCACUCUGGUGCUUUAAAUUUCGCUGCCACAUUAUUCACACUACAAUGUGCUGUGUGGAGGGAGGACCUGGAGAGAUGUUGGCAGUACAGGUUUGAUGGAUGAGGGUAACACGUUCAUGUUCGUUUCAUAGAUUUUAAACCCCGAAGAUACUCUUCUGCACUUAUACGCAGUGAUGCCGUCGUUCUGUUUGCACUUAUGGAUUCAUUUUGUCUGGCUUUUUGGGAUCCUCAGUCACAAUUCAAAGGAGGAAGGGAUUUCCAUGGCAACAGUGUGCAUUUGGAUUGGACCCUCAGCAGCCACAAUCUGCUUCAUGUUUGGACACACAGACUAGUGAGAUUGCAGAUAUCUGAAUCUUUCCUUUUCCUUAUCUUGUGCAACUGUGUUACUGCCAAAAAAAUACGUUUUCAUUUUCUGUCCUCAGUUCCUAUCCAGUUUUCUCCGCUACCGACACUGAUUCUGUUUUUUUGUUUUUGCUCCGUUUGUAACUUAUACUCUUGUUUAAGGGAAGCGCUUUAACCUGACAACCAUGCAUGUUUAACUGUGACUCUUUUAUCUUCUACCAUGCUCUCAGCCUGAACUUAGAUGUCAAGCCUUGCCUCAGCUGCUCUGAAAUGUUGGCUAACUAAGGGACAUAUCCAACAGGACUUUUACCUUGACUGUCUUAUCGUGAUGUGGCCAUAAUCCGAGCUGAACCUUGAAUUACGCCUCUAUGUAACUUUUGUAAUUUGUUUGUGUGUGUGUGUGUGUGUGUGUGUGUGUGUGUGUGUGUGUGUGUGUGUGUGUGUGUAUGUAUGUAUGGAUAUAUAUAUAUAUAUAUAUAUAUAUAUACACACACACAAUAGAAUAACCCUGAAAGCCAGUGUGACCUGGUCUGCCUCCUACCUUUUAAGCUUUCAGGUGGGAAUGAAAGAAAGUGAAGCCAUAACUGUCUCUGAGUCUCUGCAAGCUGCAACUCACAAAUCCUGUAUGUCUUACUGCUCUGAUGUUGUCUUUUAUAACUAAACCCUACAUUGUUAGAGGCAGCCAGAAUUCAAUUUGAGUUUUCAAGUUUAAAGCUGUAGUGAAUUGAUCAUUUUUCAAUGAAUAGUUUGACAUUUUGGGAAAUACACUUUGUUUUCUGGCUGAGAGUCAGAUAAGAAGAUUGAUAAAUCAUGCUCAUGUCUGUACAGUGAAUUUAGCUUAGCACAAAUAUUGAGAAUGGGGAAACAGCCAGUGACUUUUCUAAAGGCACAAAUACUGUAUUCUGUAUAAAACCUCAAGUUUAAAAACAGUUCAUAAUACAUUAGUGCGCUUAAGGCUUUAGAGUACCUGUCUCCCCGUUUCCAGUCUGUAUGUUAUACUAAGCUAAGACUGCUGGCUCCAGCUAUAUAUUUACAGUACAGAAAGCGAGUGUAUUUCCCAACAAGUCCUACUGGAACUAAAACCAUACAGAAUUGUUCCUCAUAAAGCAAAAUCACAGUAUACCUUGUUCAUUGUCUACGGGUCAGCUCAGUUUUCUUUGUUGGAAAUGAAUGGGCUUUAAUUAAUUAUUGUUUGCAGUGUCAGUGCAGUUAUUUAAACCUAGACUGAACCUCCGAAUCUUAGCAGCUAGACACUUAAAUGAUUUAGCUUUCACCUUUGCCUCGCUUUAGUAAUCGGACAUACAUCAACCUUUAAUCCUGUGGACGGUAGAAACUAAGCACCUUCCUCUCCCUGAAACCUGCUCCUCUAGAUGAUCAGCCAUGAAAGGUUUGCACCUGUUUUGUAUAUGACUCUGAAGCCAUAAGUCUGAUGCACAGACUCAAAAGGUAGAUCCCACCUUUCUAUGCUAUUAAACGUGGAUAUUGUACAUCACACUUGUUUACACGAUACUUAGACUGAAUACGCUAGUGUGUGCGUUUACCUAAGUGUCACUUUCUAACCCAGGGAUGGAUGACCAGCGAAUUUUGCAGGGGGGAAUUUAUGCUCACUUUUACUCAACUAAAAGACAUUGUCCCCCUCUCCCCAACCUGCAGUCCAUCAGAUUGAUAUAUGGUGCCUUACCACAGCAAAGCCCAAGUUUCUCUCCCAAAAGUGGAUGUUCUAUCAUUUAAAAGUUAGUACAGAUCUAACGGUAUACGACAGCGUACCUGUUUGUUUUUAUGCCAUAUCUUUGCGUAGACCAAACUAGAGCCCCAGAAGUACAGAGUAAAACUUCACAGGGAUGUUUUGUGUGUGAGUACACUGCAGCUCAUACCGUCUGCCACAGCUUAUGUACUGCAGGACCUUAAAUGUGCUGCAGUGUUCUUCAGGUUGCAUUACUGUACAUACAGACAGCAACAUGGGUUAAUAUGCAUAGCAUAUUAACAGCGUAACUGAAUCAGGCCAUGUCUCUUUCCAACCUGCUUAUAAAUGUUUGUGAUAACAGAUCUACUCAGAAAAUAUAUAAAAAUAUAUAUAUAUAUAUAUAUAUAUAUAUAUAUAUAUAAACCUGUUUAUCAUUUUUGUGUAAUCUUUUAUUUUCCUGUAACACCAAUAGAAUUUUAAGAUUAAUUUCUAUUUUUGUAAUGGCCAGAUAGUUAGAUGUCUGCUAUUUUGGGUUCUCUGAUUUAAUGUUCUCUUUGUGCAUGUGUUUCUUUGUUGUUUUCCUCUUAUGGAGUUGGGAGGCGGCUACCCCAUGGUGGUAUGGGCUUUUUUUGGGAAUCAAAGCCUUAUGGGGAGAAAUCUAAAUCUAUGUUUUAUAUGUAAAGUGUUUUGAUAUAGUGUUGAUAUUGUACACGCAGAUGUUGUGAUGAAACGUUUGCACUUAAAAUUUUGGGGGUUCCUGUAGUAUUGGAUUCUGUCGCUUUUGUAUGACUCAAGAUUUUCUCUUUGAUGACACGUUGAUGUUUGCUUACUGAGAAAUGUAUAUUUUCCCAAAGGGAGGAUACAAUUAUGCACUUCGUAUUUUAUACCACAAAACAGAGUUAAAUCUAAUCUUCUACAGUAUAUAUCAAAGAAUUUACAAUAAUUUGUAAUUAGGCACAACCACACAAUAUUUAUUUAUUUGAAUUUAUAGUUGAGCCCAAUAGAAUUGGUCGCUUAUAUUGCAUCUUUGCAUUAACUUUAAAAAAACGACUAUUAAAUAGCUUGAAAAUGACCUCAAAAGUCCAUUUAAAACUUUCCUCCAUCAAGUCAUCUUGGACUUGUCAUUUGCAUAUUUCUUCAUUUGUAUCCUCUGAUGAUGUUUUUCCUUCAACUUACCUUGAAAUGUAAAAUAUUGUUUGGAAAAGAAAUGACACAGUUCUUGCUUUGUUCUGUCCACUUCUCUCUUUGUUUGACGCUUUUUCAAAUGUUUACAAGCUACUUGUCUUAAGUGGCGUAUUGAUGUAUGAGAGGUGUUAGAGGAAGUGUUUAUAAUGGAAGACAUGGGUGAGACCAAUAAUAAAAGAUCUCUAACUAACA